UCCAAGCACUCCUUUCAAAAGCACUUCCUUCACGCUCCUCACGCAAACGCGUCACAGCCAACCCUAUUUUAAUCCCUCCAACCCACCAAACCAAAAACACAAAAGUCAUAACAGAAAAUACAAACACAAAAAUGAUAGAUCAAGAGAGGCCAGCCGGAACUCCCCCCCACGGGAUUCUGCUAGCUGUGGUGGUCGUGGCGGUGAUCAUGGUGCCGUACUUUCUAGGUGACCAAGGAGAGGCCAUUACCGAAGGUAUCUCCGAGCUUUUGAGCCCGUUGGGUCUUCUCCUUCUCCCCAUUAUUCUCCUACUCACCAUUCAGUUUCUGUCAUCGGACAGCGGCUCAUUCGUCUCCUCCUUGUUCUCGACCGGGGAGCCCGACACCAUCCACAGAGUCAGUGGCUCGCCGGUUGGGGUUGCAUUGUUUCUCGUCCUCGUCAUAUUCCUUCUUUACAAUAGGGUUUCGAUCUUUGGCGGCGGCGACGACGGGGAUGAUUAGUUACGGCGUGAAUCCGGCCGAGUUUUAAUGCUUGUAUUUGUGUAUUACAGUUAAUUAUA